GGCGCCGACUGAAAUGUGACGAGGUGCGACCGUCAUGUCGUUACUGUUCCACAGCCCAUCGUCAAUGCGACUGGCCCUCGACGAGUGACCUCUACGACCGAAGGCACCGUCGGCCGUCGGGCUCCUCCACGCGUACGGAGACGUCGCCGGGUGAUAAAGGAGUGACGCGUAUUUUCGAUGAAACCGAUUCCGACCUGGACCUCCUCCUUCUGGAGCAGUGUGAUUCUGGUGGUGCUAAAGAUGAUGCCAGCUUUGCGCGAUCAUUGUCGCUGUCUCGGCAUGGCUAUGGCUUCCACCAGGCAGGAUUUGUCAAAAAUCCCAUCGUGCAGACGACCAUCCGGUCGGACCUGGAGGUCACGUUGUUCCGAUACUUUAGCGACUACUUCCUCUCCGUGUUGAUGCUGCGCAACGCACAUCCCGGCUUCUACGCCGACUAUCGGACUUGCCUGGGUCGACUCAUCUUGAACUGCGACAGUGUCAAGUGCGCCAUCCUGGCUUGCUGCGCGUCCAAUAGGUACAUGCUUGACCGCGAUCCUUCCCUGCGAGAAGUCUCGCUGAGGUACUACACGCAAGCCGUCAGACAAGUCAACAGGGUCCUCACCACGUCGGAUUGGGCCUGUGAAAGCCCCAGCGAUCACCUUCUGACCACCGUCAUCUUCCUGUACAUCAAUGCACUGUGGGGGCCAGAUCUCGAACACGACGCCUCCAAACACGUGGCUGGCGCCAUGCAUCUGCUCAAACUUCGGUACAGCAGCAACAAUGCGUCGUCGUCGCUGUCUAUGACCCGGCCCUUCGACCGCAUCACGGCAGAGAGUGUGCUCUACCAGGCGUUCCUGCUGUCCAUGAGACGGCCCUUCGCCGUCGACUUUCAAAUCGACCAUCAUUUUCUCGCCUCCACGGAACACAUUCUCGAGUCGCCAACCUUCCAGGACGCUUCGUCGGCCGCGAACAGCCCCGUUUUGGGCGUGCCUCUGCCACUCUAUCGGCUGAUCCUGGACGUGAUCCAACUGUGCAAUUCUCCCAGUGGGGUCGAUGCUCAAACUUCCUCCCAAUUAAAGCGUGAGAUGAAAUAUUGGGAAACAGUGGCCAUUGAAGUGGACGAUGAUUGUCGCAUUUCACAAUCCCCAGCAUCAACGCCCUGCCCAUCGCCGCCACAUCAGCACCCACAUCCGCACCCUGAAGCUCUGGCUCUGUACGCGCUGGCCGGCUCCUUGCUGCUUGACUGGAUGGUGGACUUACCUGAGUUACAACGUAACGUGGACAUUUCCUCCCCACAAUAUGGCCGCAUAUCUAGCUUAGGCGUCUCCCAGUCACGCCCGCCCAAGACGGCGUCGUCAUAUACGUCCUUUGACUCGCCCACUGCCUCACCCCCUGCACCACCUCCUCUUUCUACGCGAAGCUGGCAACUGUCGCGGGCCCUGGAGAUUCUUCACCGGCCAACCACGCACGAGACGUGGACGCGCAGUUUUCUCGGCUGGUGGCCGCUGCUGAUUUUCGGCUACGUGGUCACGGAUGAUGAUGACAUCGAACAAAUCAAGUCCUUGUUGCGCUGUAUGCGCCGACGCAUUGGCUACGGCGUGGUUGAGCGUGUGCUAUAUGAGUUGGAGGCGGUCUGGCAGUCGAGGCGGACCGCGGAUGAUCAUCAGAUGUCACUUGUGAAGCCUACAAAUUUCGAGAUGGGCUAGUAAAAAGAUGUGGGAGUUUCCAUGGCGACAAAAUCAUUGCACUUCUAGAUUGUAAAGAAUCAUGAGAGAUGCUGGUCUCGUCUGUAAAGGAGGACUCGUCGUAUAUGACAGGAUU